CAAUCCAACCAAAGUAAUGGCGUAGUCUGUACGGUAAAUGUACAUAUUCUUUACUCCCCAUCUAGUCUGCCUAUUGACAUCACAUUUGAAGAUCCCCAACUGAGGAGGAGGAAGAAGAAGCCCUCUAAAAAGUUCACAAACUGCAGGCUCCCAGUUAAGAAUGCCAGCUCAAAGAAAACCUGAGGAAAUUGUCCCAACACUACUGGAUCGUCUGAAACAAGUUAGGGAUGCAUUAGGACCCAUCAAUGAGAAAGAUGAGAAAAUAGUUUCGGGAUUUGAAGAAAUUGAGACUGAACUUGAAAAGAUGAAAGAUUGGGAAGGGGAACUCAUAAAACGGUUCAGAACUUUGGUGCAAUACAUCGAUAUUGAUGUUUGGUUUGAUAGAUUGAAGCAUGGCAACGCUGAUGAUAUUCUUAAUGGUCUGGAGCUCAUCAGAAACAGUGUUGCAUCUGUAAAACAGCUCUUUCCGGCAAAAGAAAGUCAGGUGACAGAAAUAACACGUUCUGAAGAUCAGGCUGUAGGGAAGGAUCAGACAAUGCCUAAAGAGUGGUCGAGGCUUGGUGUGGAGGAAAAAAUUUAUGUUAGCAAAGCAAUAUCAGAUUUUCGGAAAAGUUUUGACUGUCUGGAGAGCAAUCAACUGAAAGUAUGCUCCUUGUGCCUUUCAAUUUUCCCAGAGAAUAGCAUCAUAAAGAAGAGACCCCUUAUUUACUGGUGGAUAGGAGAAGGUAUGGUCACUAAAACCUCAGAAAAGACUGCAGAGAAGGUUGGAGAAGAUGUCUUUGGACAAUUGAUAAAUGAAAGCUUCAUAAUCCCCAUAGUUGAGAAUCAUUCUCCCAAUAUAAACAGUUUUAUCGUGCACCCUUGGAUUCGAAGAAUGCUGAUCUCGGUUGCAAAAGGACUUCACUUUUUUGAAUUUAAUCCCACAGGGAUGCCUAGCAAUGAUCAUCGUCAUGCAUUCUUAUUUGCGGGUCUUGAUGCUUCAGCCAGUGAGAUGCCUGAUGGUAUUCUUACGGUUUUCAAUGUGAAUUGUCAAUAUCUUAGAUUUGAACUUGACUGGCUCUCGAGGUUGAAUAGGGUUGAGGUUCUUCAGUUGGGCCGGUGGCAAAACUCUGUCGAACAUCAUAUUGAAGUGGAAUAUGAAGACUGUUUGAAUGAUUUGGGAAGUCAGACAUCCCUAAGAUAUCUAAGCCUCAGAGGCAUUUCUAGAUUGACUAACCUACCUCGUUCUGUGCUUAAACUAAUAAGCCUUGAGAUUCUUGAUUUACGUGCAUGUCACAGUCUAGAGAAACUGCCUUCUGAUAUAUCAGCACUGAGAAAUCUUACUCACUUGGACGUGUCAGAGUGCUACCUGCUCGAAAGGAUGCCAGACGGUAUUCAUAAGCUCUCUGCUCUCCAAGUACUAAAGGGUUUUGUGAUAGGAAGUGUUGGAAGAAAUCCGUGCAAGCUAAGUCAACUUGCUCAGUUAAAAAGGUUAAGGAAAUUGAGUAUACGAAUUGGGAAUGAAGCUGUAGGAGAAGGGGAGUUUUCAAACUUGGAGAACUUUGAAGCCCUGGAAAUUCUGGUAAUAUCAUGUGGAGCAGUUACAGAAGCUACAAAAGAUGUUCUAAAGACCAUCUCAGUCCCACGGAAACUUAAGAAAUUGGACCUCUGGUGCAUCCCUUUGCCACAUAUGCCUGAUUGGCUAGAGCCUGGUGCAUUACAAAAUUUGGAAAAAUUAUACAUCAGGGGAGGUGAACUCAAAAGCUUAAAGAACCAAGGUGAACAAACGAACCAAGGUGAACAAACGAACCAGGGUCAACAUACGAACCAAGGUGAACAAACGAACCAAGGUGAACAAACGAACCAAGGUCAUCAUACGAACCAAGGUGAACAAACGAACCAAGGUGCACAAACCUGGAAAGUUAAAAUUUUAUGUUUGAAGUAUCUGAAGCAUUUGGAAGUUGAUCUGUCAGAAUUACGUCGUAUUUUUCCUGUGGCGGUGUACUUGGAGAAAAUAAAAUGCAACAAGAACAAGAAAUAUGAAGGUUUAUAUGAUCCAGAUAUCAUAUGGAACAAGGCGCUGCAUGAGAAAUCAGCAAAUACUUGAUGCUUUCGGGAGAAGUAUGCAGCUGUGUGAUAGUGUUUGUAUGAAUCUUGGACAGUUGUUUGUGACUUAUCUAGGACUUUCAAUAACCUCUUCAGGCUGUCUUGUACUGAUUGGAAGGUUAUGAUAGCAAAAUAAGAUAAUAGAGUUGGUCUGUCAAGAUGCUGAUCAUGUGGACAGACUUCAGCUCGUUAAAUGUGUUCUAAAUAUUCAUGUGUAUUGGACUAUUGUGUUUGUACUUCCAAAGUAAGUAUUUAAGAAAUUAGAUAGUUUAUCAGCAACUUUUUUGGUCUGGUGAGGAAAGAAAGUACUAUGGAGCUAAACUUGGUCUGACAUCUGUUAACCAGUGAGCAAUGUAGCCUGAGACUGAAUAAACUUGACCUUUGGAUUAUAAUUUCUCGCCCACGAGCAAGGGGGCUUGGGACUCACUAAACUUGACCUCUGGAAAUGGAAUAUCUGUGCAUAAAAGGAUAGCUGAUUCGGUGGGGAAUGUUGGUACACUAAAUAUACAAAACAAAAGCUAGCUUUUAUAGCUUCCUUUUAGCAUCUGUUGACUCUUAUCUAAUGCUUUGGCUUUUUGCUGUCAAUGAUUCCCCAUUUUGUGUGUGAGUGAGUGAACGUUUGCCUAUGUUGCAGGCCUCAAACUGCUCCAGUCUCUCCAUGCGCCAAGUAUUUGCAUGGUGUAGGGAUUGAUCUUGUUCAUGGGUUGCUCCCAUGGGUGACUCAGAUCAGGGGAAAAAGCUUUAUGUUUUAUGGAUCCAUUUUCCGGGCUUUUCAAUUUUCCUUUUGCAUUAUAAUUCCUUUACUGUUGCAGGCCCCUGGAAGUUAACCAAUCCUGGAAGUGAAUGCAAUUGCAGCUGCCUAACCUGCCUUGUAGUUUGGAAUAGGGUAUUUACUAAAAAGUAUGAGGCCUGAUGUAUCUGUAUAUUUGCAUUAUUUGCCUCAGAUAAUGAGGAAUUUGACAUUCAUCAAUCAUCUUGGUCAGACUUGCAUCACAAACUUUUGGUGACUUUGUCUGAUACUCUGAUAUCUAGACGGCAGAGGCACUUACGUGGUUAGCGUCUGGUAUAAAUAAAGUUGUCGAUUGAAUUUCCUUUGUU